UGCCAGUCUAGAAACAAGUGAAGUAGCCUUGAAUCCAGAUGACUGAAGCAGACGAUGGAGAUGAGUGAGUGCAUUCAUAUCUACGACAACAGUCUUCUUGAAACAGAGGAGCGUCACAGAGGGACAGAGGAGAGUGCCUCAAACCCAAACGGGGGCAUCGAUGAGCUGGAGGAGAGGAUAGUGGAUAUUUAUGACACUGCAGACAACUGUGGGGUCCAUCACUGCAGCUCAAAUCCUGAGCAGGCUGAGCUGCAGAACACAGCGGAUCAGUGGCCAGGCAACAUCCGUCCAGUGAAGAGUCGCUCCUGGGUUGUCACAGUGUGUGUGCUGCUGCCGUGUGUUCUCCUCUUGGCUGGCAUUACAGGCCUUGUGGUCCACUAUGAAAAUGUGGAAGCCAGCUUGGAGGAGAGGCUGCUGAUGUGUCAUUUAGCCUUGUCUGCAGACAGAGAUAAACUGCAGAGCCACAACAAGACCUGGGAUGAAAAGAGAAAGCAGACUUUGGUUGAGCUCAACCAUUUCUGUGAAGCUGGAUGUAAAUCAUUCAACAGCAGUUUUUACUACUUUUCUGCAACACAAAAAAGCUGGGAGGACAGCAGACAGGAUUGUUUAGCGAAAGGAGCAGACCUCGUCAUCAUCAACAGCGAGGAAGAGCAGAAAUUCAUCAAUUCCUUCAACAAGGUCAGCUGGAUUGGUCUGAGCGACAGGGAUGAGGAGGGGACCUGGAGAUGGGUGGAUGGUACAUUUCUCAACAGUACAAAGUUCUGGCAAAAAAAUGAGCCCAGUGGCACCCAUGGAAGGAAUGUGAAGGAGGACUGCGCUGACGCUUUUUGGUAUACAGUCUUGGACAGCUGGAAUGAUGACGCUUGUACCACAGCACAUUACUGGGUCUGUGAGAAACUCAUUGACUUGUAG